CGUCACCUCUCAAAUUAUCUCAAGGAACGUCAACUACCAGAAGCUUAGCCCUCUGGAUUAAAAGAAUUGCUAGUAUAUAUUGACCUACCAAAAAGGGGACUCACCAAUGUCGUCCGCAGAGGCACCCAAGGUGCCUGUUUAUUCGAGCAAUGAUCUGAAAUCCACCACCGACGAUGCCCUGGCACCGCACCUCACCACCCUCCCGCAACCCUACCGAUUUACCCAAGACAACACCAUGCUGAACGUGCGCUUGGUGCUGGGCUACGCGGCCGUCGCCAUCGCCGGGUUCACCUUUUACGCAGACCGCAUGCUGAAGUGGGAGGCGACUCGCUCGCCGUGGAUUCUGGCGGCCGUCGCAUCGUACUUCAUUCUCAAUUCCCUGCUCACAUACUGGAUCUGGGCCGUCGAGGCGGGCGAGGUGUUUCGAGGCAAGCGCAAAUCGGGUGAAACGAUCAUAAUCCGCUCCUUCGUCAAGAAGCAUUCCCCGCUUUACAAGCUCAAGGUUCAGUACACGUCCCCGGCGGGCAAGGUCAUCCAGGAGAAAGAGAUCGAAACGUCGUUCACGAAGUGGUUUGCGGCCGACGGAACGUUCCACAUCCAGCCGCUCCGCGACUGGUUGGCGAGCGAGAUUGAGAUUCUGCGGCUUGCGGCGAAUGAGAUUCAGAGGAAGACUGGCGGUGCUGCGAGUCAUGUCGCUGUUCAGGAGGCGGAGCAGGUUGAAGGGGGCAAGAGUGCGACGAAGAGGAAGUGAAGAAACAUGACGUAUAAGCCCUCCUUUUUACCACAAACGGAAACAUCUGGGGUGAUUGGAUCUGCAUGUCAAAAUGGCGCAACGUCUGGGAUUGUAUCUGGUGUGAUGUCAGGCUCUCUUUUCCAAAUCUCAUCUUGCGGGGUUUUCUUGCGAUAGUAGCUUGACUGGGGUUUGAGAACAAAACCACCUUCCAUGGCAUGCAUUCAACGGUAUAGUCUUUGUAGCGCUAGGGUUACCCCCCUCCC